AUGGCGAUGCUGAUGGCGAAGCGAUCUCAGGCUGCAGAGAGCGAGGGAACUGCUGGCGGUGCUGCUCGCCAGACGCCCAUGACGAGGAGAAAGAAAGCUGCAAAGGCGACGGACAAGCCAGCGACAAAGCGGACGAGCGCGCCCACUGACAAGUCAGCAAACGCUGCCAAGACCACGCCUGCCACCGGCAAUGCCAAGCAGAAGCGGAAGAAGGGGGAGGGGCCAGACACUUUGCCAAGCCCCCGUAAGCAGAGGAAGACUGCCAAGAAGACUGGCGAAGGAUCCAACGGGACGACGCGCGAGUUGGGCGCCGCGAGUGCAUCGGAGGACGAGGCAACGACUCGCGAUGAAGAGACGACUCCCCUGGUACCCAAGCACGCGCUCCGGUCCACGUGUUUGGCUCUACAAAAGAAGAUCGCAGACGAGAAGGGCGGCAAGGCCCACGGCGCAAGGCAGCAAGUUGACUCAAUUCAAGGCGUUCAAAACAACCCAGAAGAGCUCCAGCGUCACGAGCCUUCGCUGCUAAAAGAGUUCUACGAGGUUUACUUAGCGGACCAAGCCCUGAAAGCAGACGCACACGCGCAGACCGCUGGAUCGGGUUCGUCGAGGCUAUCGCAACGUGGCGGAGCCGAGCACCUGGCGAUCGAGCAAUGCGACAUCCAGGCGGCUCAGCAGCUUUCCGCAGCCAGAAACCAAACAUCGCUAGCGUCAGACCAAGCUCCAGGGCCUCCAAUCUCGCAGACACCCGUAGCCGUGCAGGAGGAAGCACUGCAGCAGUUCCGAGAGAAGCUGGAUGAAGAGAAGCAGAAAGGGGCUCGACAGCUGGAGGAGGAACAAGCACGCUCAAGGAAAUUAGAGGAGCAGUUAGCAGCUGCUGCGAAGGAGCUGGCCGAACUCAGGAAUGAUGGCAGUGGUGACGACAGAUGUACCGUGAUAGCGCAUGAGUGGAAGAAGACGGCUGCAAAACUAGAGAGGGCGAUUUCAAGUGGCUUGCGCAACAAACUUGCCCAUGUGGAAACUGAGUUGAAUUUGUCGAAGCAAUCCGUCACCACGUACGCAGACAAUCUACUCAAGGCGCAGGCUAGCCAUGCAAAGAAACUCCAGGAUGUGCACGAAGACAUUAACAACCUCACGAGAGAGGUGGACGAGCGCAAGAAAAAACUGGAGGACCGGGAGAACGAGAUGGCUACGCGAGAGAAGAAUAUGGAGAACAAGGAGGAAGAACUACAAGUCAAAGCCGAGGAACUGCAAUCUCAUGAGGCCAAGCUCAAAGAGGAGGACCGGCGUCUCCAGAACGUAACGCAUCGCCUGCAACGGGAGCGGCAGCAGUUGGACGCGGAUAAAAAGAAACGAGAGAAGCCGAGUCGAGAGAAGCAACAAGGAGGCCGAAUAUCGCUGAGGCAGGCGAAGAUUUUGAAUGAAAUGAAGCGCCAGACCCGGCUCCUGGAAGAACAGUUCAAGAACAACGGGUGCCCAGCUGCGUUUAAAGAGCUUGAAGCCAACCGCAACCGGAUCGAGGAAGAGAGGGCGGCGAUGCAAGCAGAACGGGAUGGAGUGAGAACGCAGUUGGAUUCGAUGAAGGCUGCGCUAGAGGCGCAUAGCGCGGUGAUAUCGAAGAGUUCACGGAAUGGAACGCCGUCACCCGAGAUGAAGAAGCGCGACUUCAUUCUGGGCAAAAUGAAGGAGGCGUUUGGAUCGAAGACGGCGGACGCUGAAGAGUUCAAGGCGCUUGCGGUCGAGUUCUGA